AUGGUCAAAAAAGCUGGAGAGAAAGAGGAAAUCUUCCAGGUUUCAGGGUUCAAUUUUACAAAGGAUAAAUUGAUUCCAGAUACACAGUACACCAUUAGAAUCAGAGCUCAUAUCAACAAUAGGUAUGGGCCUUGGACAGAAAAUUUUGUGGGUCACACUUUUCAUAAAGAGGACACACCAUGCAUCAUUACUUACUCAACAUCAAAAGGUGAAAUUUAUCAAAUCCAAACUGACGGACAAAAGGAGAAAUUUAUUCACGAAUUUGUUUCAGUUUUAGAGUAUCGGCAAACUCGUGUGUCAAUGGUGCCAUACAAGAAUGUAUUGAGUUUUGAGAAGCACAAUUACUCUGCUCACAGCAUAGCAAUGGAUUGGUUGGCUAAGAAGAUUUAUUGGUCUACAGAUAAAACCCGGGGAGAAAUAAGAUGGGCAAGUAUGGAUAAUUAUAAGAAAAGUGAGUUGCUGUUUAUUGCUCCGGCCUAUUACCUGUGCAUUGAUGCCUUGAAAGGCAUUCUUUACUGGAAUACCAAAGAUUCAAUCCAAGUAUCUUAUUUGAAUGGUAUGCACAUCACCCAGUACCAACCAUUUUCAUAUAGCCGUACAAUCAUAGCAAUGACCAUUGACUUAGAUUCCCAUGUUAUCUAUUGGGUCCAGAAUGAUAUGGGAAUCCAUGAAUUAUAUAAAGCUGAUAUGAUUGGCUAUGGAAACCCAUAUGUUAACACAUCCAUCAAGUUUAUUGCCCGACAAAAGAGGCCACAAAGAAUGACCCGGCUUCAAUACUAUAGCAACCAUCUUUUUUGGACUGAUGAUGAAAGUCAACUCGUUAUCAGUGACAUGUCAGGUCGAAACAUUUCUAGAAUAUCCAAAGCGAAUAACAAGAUUUUAUCAUUCUCUUUAUUUCACCCUUCAAUGCAUAAAUACCCAGAUGGCUUAGAUGAACAUACAGUUAAAGUGGUCCCUGACAAAAUAUCCCCAGAAUCUGUGAAAGUCGAGGGCAACUGGUCAGUAUUUAAAAUUUCCUGGAGAAAGGCUACAGAAAUUAAUUAUGGAGAAGUCUAUUACCAGAUGAAUCUUAUUGUGGAAGAAUUCAAAGAACACAACAAGACACUUGACUUACAGUCUCCUGAGUAUACAAUUAGCAAUUUACCUCCAUACACAUCAAUGACAGUAAGUUUACAAGCUUUGACUUACUAUGGAUCCUCAGAAUGGACCACUUUAAAGAUACAUUCCCCCAUGUCAGUUCCAAAUGAACCAAUCAAUCCAAGAGUCUACAUAAAUGAGAGAAAAGAUUUAUCAUCAAGCAAUGAAUUCCUGUCUGCUGAUUUAAGAUGGUCAGCACCAUCUAAUCGCUUUGGAGUGCUUGAGAAAUAUAAAGUUUAUUAUAGGACAAAUCAGUUUCCCCCAGAUCAAUGGAAAAUAUCUGAGGUUGAUCCACACACUCGUCAGUUCAUCUUGGAACAUUUGAAAAUCAAUGAAACCUAUACUUUUCAGACUGAGGCCUGCACAAUUUACAACUGCAGCAAAAAGUCCGAAAAAGUUUCCAUUACCAGCAACAAUACCAAACCAUUACCUGAAUUACUUGUUGCCAAUAAUGAAGGCAUCAAUUUGGCUGAGCUGGAUAAUGGAUUGAAAUUUUCCCAAGAAGUUGUUCAAGUCCCAACAAAGGCUUUCACCUUCUUGGCAAAAACCAAUUUCUUUUUUUGGGUGAAGAAUGAUACAAACCUGGUUAUGCGUGAUGGCAAAGCAAAAGAAAUAAGUCUGAUGAAUUUAAAAGAAAGCAUCAAAGAUUUGACAGUUGACUGGAUUGACCAUACAGUCUACCUGUCCACUGAAAAGGAAAUCCAGAAAUAUAACAUUUACAAGAAAAGGCCACAUACACUUUGGUCUGGCAGUGGAAGCAUUGGAAGUAUUGCUGUUAGUCCUUAUUCAAGUACUUUAUAUUGGAGUGAAGAAAAAAAUAAUGGCAGACACAAGAUUUUCAGAAGCAACACAGACGGAAGUGACACGAGGCAGCUUUUGCCACCUAUAGAUCACAACCACCAAAAACGCAGCAUCUCCCAGCGGAAAUGCCAAUGUCCUCAAGACUUGGCCAUUGCUGGCACAAUUGGAAUAGACUAUUCAAAUGAAAAUGUUUAUUUCAUGGAACUUAAGAACAAAAGUAUUUGGCUAGUUGAUGACAAGGGCUGCCAGUGUAAGAGAGUAUUCACCCCAAAUUCUCCUGAAGAAGUUGAAAUCCCAAACUCUCUAACCGCUGACCACUCAAGAAUCUACUGGUCAAAUCAAAGAGAUGGUAAAAUUUACAGUGUUAACAAGAUGGAUGGAAAAGAUUUUCUUACAUAUAAUGUGAAUAAUGUCAAAAAGAUUGUUGCCUAUGGAUCUCAUCUUCAACCACUUCCAGAAUCCAAGUGUCUCUCAUCAUACCCAGAAAGUACAAAUAUUAGCUUAUUGAGAACUACCAACACUAGUGUGACACUUUUGUUACCAAGAAUUACAAGAUAUCCUGAAUGUGAGAAAGUCUCUCAACCAGUCACAAACUACACUGUCCAUUAUAGUGAAUGGACAGACGAUAGUGAAGACAUCAGCUGUACAAAGAAAACUGUUAAUUGUCGUACGCAGGAAACAUACACAAGAGAAACUGUGAUAUCAUCUCUAAGACCCUACACAAAAUAUGUAUUUCAAGUUGCAGUGAGUAACUUUUAUACAGAUUAUCGGGCAGAUGUCCUUGGUACGCCAUUAGUAACCAGAACAUUAGCUGGAGUACCUUCAGCUGUACGCAAUUUAAAAGCUAAUUUCUUGUCUUAUGAAGAAAUAAUUCUCAUAUGGGAAGCACCAUUAGAGCCAAAUGGAAAUCUCUCUGCACUUGUCUAUAUGGUUACAUAUUCAGUGACUUUGCACACUGGUGAAAUCCUGGAGAAAACUACUCAGUUAGUACAUCAUGAAAUUUACAUACGGAAAUCAAUGCACCUGGAAUAUAAACUUAUAGAUUUGAAAGCUAAUCAUGAAUAUAAAAUCAAGGUUAAAUCUUGUGAAUCAGGCAAGAAAUGGUGCAGUCCAAGCCUGCAUGCUCAUAACCGAACCAUGAGUUAUCCUUCUCCAAUUGAACUUAUCAACGCUACGACAGAUUCUGUGACCAUUUCUUGGAGAACCCCAUCAGAUAUAGCAAUUAUAAGGUUUAUUUUCUUUUACAGGAUCAGUGGAGGAAAAUGGUAUCCAAGUGUUUCUUUACACAAAUUGAAACACAAGAUGAACCAGACUGUAGUACAUAGUAUUUUAUAUUUAAAAUCUGAUAAAGUGUAUGAAUUUGAGGUGCAUAUCGUAUAUAAUAUAUACCCUUUUCAAAUAAACAUUUGGCCGAGCAAAAAUGCCUCAUUUAAAUUUCAAUUCAAAACUUUAGCAAAUUUUCCUGUUCCGCCAAACACACCAGUGACUGAGAAACUUGAUUCUGGCUACAUUGGAGUUGUUUGGACAAAAUCAAAUCAAGAAAAUACCCAACCCACUGGUUAUGAUCUACAAAUCAGAAAUGUUGAAUCAGGAAAUUGGACAACUGUCUACAAUGAUUCCCACCCACGGUGGAUUAUCAGUGAUAAAUAUUUAACUGGUGAAAAAUUUCUGUUCAGAGUGAGAGCGAAAAAUUCAAGAGGCUGGGGAAACUAUAGUAAUGUCAGUAUACCGUUUUCUAACCAAAAAUCAAAUGAGAAUUGGGCAGAGGCAAGUGUAUACCCAUUCAUCAUCAUUCCAUUUAUCAUCCUCAUAGUGAUCAUCAUCUUAUUUUUUACUUGGGUUGUUUUCAAAAAGAAGCAGUCAGAGAAAAAAAGGGCCAGUCAUGUGAAUGAUGGUCAUAAUCCCGAUGUUGAACUUGCUACUUUACAGGAUCUUCCACAUAUUGCAGUACAACAAAAUAACACUUUAUAUUCAGUGAGUAUUGUCCCAACAAAUGCUGAUCUUGUUGAAAUUUCUUGGCAGUGGAGCACCUCAUACUUCUCAUGUAGCAGUAAAGAAUUAAUGGAAGGCGGAGAUUUAUUACUGUUCUUAAGACAUUACAGACCAUCAUGUCGGCCUAACAAUCACUUGCAGACAAACCAAACAUCCCUAACGUUGCUUGACUUAAUGAAAAUCUGCGUUCAUGUAUCACGAGGAUGUAAAUACUUGGAAGAAAUGCAUUUUGUUCAUCGGGACUUGGCAGCACGAAACUGCCUGGUUUCUUCCAAGAAUCCUCAUGAUAUGAUUGUGAAAAUAGGAGACUUUGGUCUUGCUAGAGAUAUUUACAAAAAUGAUUAUUACCGUAAAGAAGGAGAAGGACUUUUGCCAGUGAGGUGGAUGUCUCCUGAAUCCUUGGUAGAUGGAGUUUUCACAACGCAGUCGGACAUCUGGUCAUUUGGUGUUCUGAUGUGGGAAGUCAUAACCUACGGCCAACAGCCAUAUCCAGCCAGGUCAAACAUUGAAGUAUUACACUUUGUCCGCACAGGAGGCAUACUGGACCGUCCAGAGAAUUGCCCAGAAUAUUUAUAUCAAUUAAAACUGAAGUGUUGGAGUUAUGUCCCUGAAGAUCGGCCAACUUCAUGCUUUAUCCUGGAGCAGCUGGAGACGUUCUAUCAAAGACUGUUGGAAGAAUCAACACAGAAUAAAAAUGCUACAAAAUCAAUGAUUACAGCCCUACUAGAGGCGUUGGGAGCAGAGAUAGGAGCUGAUAGCGCUCAGAGCAAGAUAGGUAGGCAAUCACACCACUUAGUUCUUUUUAUCAUUCACUAUGAAAUUUAG